CACCAAUCCUUGGCAGAGAGCGAAGCUGAGAAUGUUUUUGUAAGUGUGGCUGUCGUUGUUACACACCACACGGUCUCAAAACCACAACCAACAUCACCUUUUUUCGCUUGAGUCUGCUCUGGGUUUCUUUGGUUCUCUCUCUCUCUCUCCUGAAUCCUGAGCCCAUGGCAACCUUGCAGUCUAUUGCAUUCUCUUCUCUGGUUUCUCAUCACUAUCUGCACCAACCACGAUCUCCUACAGGUCAGGUAUCUUGGACCAUCCAUCGAAAUUCACACUCCACAUUCCAUGGCCAGUCUUUGCAGCUGGCCCGUCCUUGGUGGUCACAACUAAAAUGGAAAUCUAAACUGUCUCGUUCUGUCACGGUGAUGGUCAAACCAACAAUUCAAUUCAUCCAAGGAACUGAUGAACAGACAAUACCAGAUGUGAGGCUAACCAAGUCAAGAGAUGGUACAAAUGGUAUGGCUAUAUUCAAGUUUGAACAACCUUCUGUUUUUGAUUCAUCCAGCGAGGUUGGGGACAUCACUGGCUUUUACAUGAUUGAUGAAGAAGGGGUUCUUCAGUCGGUUGAUGUGAGUGCCAAAUUUAUCAAUGGAAAGCCUGCAGGUCUCGAAGCCAAGUAUGUAAUGCGGUCUCCUCGUGAGUGGGAUAGGUUCAUGAGAUUCAUGGAGCGAUACUCUAACGAGAAUGGCUUACAAUUCAUCAAAAAAUGAGCCAUUGUAUAUCCUUUCCCUAUCUUCUUCUUUUCAUUUUGACAGCAUUGAGAUUUUCGUAAUUUAGUUAAGUGGAAGUUUGGGAAUGUUAGUUCAUUCCCAUGCUGCUGUUACAAAUACUGCAUGCUCUCUCUAAUUCAACCAAUUUUGCUGUUCUAAGUCAAGUUUAUUCA